GCGAAUCGAGGAUUCAGUACGCGGCCGAUACUCGGUGAAUGAGGACACGUGAUCGACUGCCGCCGUGUUUUGUUUUUGAGUGAGUCACGAUGUUCAACUGUUCACCAAAACAAUAAGACUUGCUAGAUUAUUAUUAUUAACGAGUGUCAUUUGGUGUUAUGUGUGGGUACGUGUGAUGACGACUAUGUGAGGUAGUGAUAAAAUUGAGGCGGAAGUUUUUUUCGGAUUUUGUGUGUUUUGAAACUGUUAUUUAAACUGGCGCAGUUCGAGGAAAAUUUUUUAAUGCAACCCACGGCUACGGCGACUAUACCACCCGGUGGUGGAGAUAUGGAAACAAUACAGUCCAUGGAUUGGUUAUUCAAAAAGGAAAGAAUCUACUUGCUGGCGCAGUUUUGGCAACAGAGAGCUACAUUGGCUGAAAAAGAAGUGGCAACGCUGAAAGAACAAAUGUCAAAUCAACAAAACAAUUGCGAAAACAAGGAAACGUCAAACAUGGAAAGUCACCAAUACGAGAACGAGCUAGCCAAUAAAGAAAAAGAAAUUGCACAAUUGUCAGAGGAGAAUCAAAGGUUGAAACAAGUUAUAUCAAAACUACAGGAAACGUCUAUAGCUCAAAUUUCCAGGCUGGAAGACGAGCUAGAUCAACACAGACAAGUUAUAAGCAAGCUGGAGCUAAAGCUUGAACAACAAAGGGACUUUGAGGAAAUCAAACGAGAUGUUAGCUACAUGAAGACAGAGAACAUUCCAGAAACCAAAAAUUUAGAUCACCAUUCGGAAAAAUCGUCAGAUAAACAAUUGAAAACCCCGUCUGAGAGCGAAGGGGUUGCGGACGAAGAAUCCUCAGCGACCCCUUCAACCAGGACGCCUCAAAAUGUUAUCCCAGCCCCAUUCCAAAACGUUGAAACAUUUGGUUCCUUCUUAGGGGAGGAGAUCGUCUCCAAAUGGAGGUCCAAGGUUAAUGAGAGUAAAUUUUCGUCGGAUUGCAAACCUGAAACGCCGGUGGAUAGCAAGAGUACCGCCUCGACGCCUCAACCGAGUGAAGAAAGCCAUCACCAAGAGAAUAUGGUGAACGGUAACCCCAAAUCGCCUCAAGAGGAUAACAACAACCACCAUGUCAGCAACAACAACAUCCCCAUCACCCCUACAAUGUGUGUAAACAACUUUUUGAGGAACGAAGACCUGAAAAGCCCUUACAGAUUCGACGAGCACAGAUCAUACAGAUUCGCUGAGGAACUCGGCAUGGCACCAGGCUCCAUGGUAUCACGUCUCGGUGAAUCCCUCAUACCCAAAGGUGACCCAAUGGAGGCCCGCCUGCAAGAAAUGCUUCGCUACAACAUGGACAAAUACGCCUCCCAAAAUUUGGACACGCUCCACAUAGCCCGACGUGUCAGGGAACUCCUCUCAAUCCACAACAUUGGCCAAAGACUGUUCGCUAAAUACAUCCUGGGUCUUUCCCAGGGCACUGUAAGCGAGCUUCUAUCAAAACCCAAACCAUGGGACAAGCUGACAGAAAAAGGUAGAGAUAGCUACAGAAAAAUGCACGCCUGGGCCUGCGAUGAAAAUGCUAUAAUGCUGUUGAAAUCACUGAUCCCCAAAAAAGACAAUUUUUCAACAGGAAAAGAGUCCGGCGGCGGCAUGCCCCCUUUCGGCCGUCCCGAUAACGACAUUUCCGAAGAACGCAUUGCCCACAUUUUGAGCGAAGCAUCGCAAUUCCAACAGCUGAAAACCGAAGAGAAUUCGAACGACGAUUCGAAAUCCCCCGGCCACGGUUGCUCGAGCCCCUUCUCCAAGGAUUCAUCGUUGAAUAAACGCUUAAAGAAGUACGAAAACGAUGAUAUUCCGCACGAAAAAGUCUUCAGGAUUUACCAGGAAGAGUUGGUGAAGUUGAUGGGAAGAAAAAUCGAGGAUACCCGGGCUCCAAGAGAGAACAACUUCCCUGGUAUGUUUCUGCCCCAAUUGUUUAGCGGAAACCCGAUGGACCGCACUCAGGACGAGAUCAGGCUUGCUUUGGACGCCUACCACAGAGAGUUAGCGAAGCUGAAUCCGGGCGCAAACCCCGUUCAAAUGCCCCUUGGGCUUCUAGCACUUCAACAACAAGCAUUGGCUCAUCACCAACAAUCCGUAGCUAGCAACGGCGGUGUUCAGGAUUUAUCCAUCCCGAAGGAUAAGAUGAAGAUGUUGAAUGGCAUGGACGAUAAGGACAUCAAGGAGGAUAUGAGACACAGCGGCAGCGCCUUCAGUCUAGUGCGGCCGAAACUAGAACCUGGUUCACAAAACACCGGAUCAACUGCGUCGAGCCCUUUGGGGAAUAAUAUUCUACCGCCGAUGACACCUACAGACGAAUUCACAGGUUCAGCAGCUGCCAGCCCUCUUCAGAGGAUGGCUUCCAUCACCAACUCGCUUAUAUCGCAACCCCCAACUCAACCGCAUCACUCGACGAAUCAACGCCCGUUGAAAGCAGUUUUACCACCCAUCACGCAACAACAGUUCGAUCUCUACAAUAAUUUGAACACUGAAGAUAUUGUGAAGAAAGUCAAGGAGCAGUUAUCGCAGUAUUCGAUAUCGCAAAGACUUUUCGGAGAAUCCGUCUUGGGGUUAUCACAGGGAUCGGUCAGUGAUCUUUUGGCACGCCCAAAACCAUGGCACAUGCUAACACAGAAAGGUAGGGAACCGUUCAUCAGGAUGAAAAUGUUCUUGGAGGAUGACAAUGCUGUCCACAAGUUGGUAGCGAGUCAAUACAAAAUCGCACCCGAAAAACUGAUGAGAACCGGUGGGUAUGGUGGAGCGUGCACCACAACCCUAGGCAAACCUAUGCCUCCAACCACAAAAAUGCUUUCUGAAGCGGCAGGUCUCCUCAACAAAAUGCAGGAAACCCAGAGCUUACUCCCAGCCUCCCUCCAAUUGGGACCUCCACAGGUGGGCAUCCCGCAACCCCCGCCCCCACCUAUGCUCUUAACGCCGCCCGGCAUGCCGCCACAUCACGCCAUCAGCCUGCAAAAUCCCGAACACUUGAAGAAAGCAAAUCAGAGUCCGCUUGGGGUUCCCUCUCAUUCGCCAAUGGGACACAAUGCUUCGUUGAGGAACAUGCAGCAACACAUGUCGCCGAGUGUUUACGAGAUGGCAGCACUAACGCAGGAUUUGGAUACCCAGGUCAUUACCACGAAGAUCAAGGAAGCUUUGCUGGCCAACAACAUUGGGCAAAAGAUCUUUGGUGAAGCCGUUCUAGGCUUGUCGCAAGGCUCCGUCAGCGAACUUCUAUCCAAACCGAAACCUUGGCACAUGUUGAGCAUCAAAGGUCGCGAACCGUUCAUCAGAAUGCAGUUGUGGUUGAAUGAUGCGCACAACGUGGACAGGUUGCAAGCAUUGAAAAACGAAAGGAGAGAAGCGAACAAAAGAAGGCGAUCAUCAGGACCCGGGGCUCACGAUAAUUCAUCCGACACCAGCUCCAACGAUACCAGCGAGUUCUACCACAGCAACUCGCCUGGUCCUGGCCCUCAGAGCGCGAAGAAACAGCGAGUUUUGUUCAGUGAGGAACAAAAGGAAGCAUUGAGGCUUGCCUUCGCGUUAGACCCGUACCCAAACGUGGCCACCAUCGAGUUCUUGGCAACCGAGUUGAGUUUAUCGAGUAGAACCAUCACCAAUUGGUUCCACAACCACAGAAUGCGACUCAAGCAACAAGUACCACAUGGGAUGCCGUCGGAUUUGCCUCCUAGAGAUCAAUCGGGGAACAACCAACCCUUCGAUCCAGUGCAAUUCAGAUUGCUGCUCAACCAAAGACUAAUGGAGUUAAGCAAGGAGCGUAUGGGGAUCUCUGGGGUACCGCUGCCGUAUCCUCCGUAUCUGACAGCCAACACCAACUUGGCUGCCUUGAUAAGCAGAGGUUUGCUACCAACCGACGUGGACAUGAAUAUGCUGAACAACGCGGUGAAAGAACAGAUGUCAGGGUUAGACUUGAGUAUGACGUCUUUGAAACGCGAACCCAUGUAUGAUGACGAGGAAGACGUCGAGAGCAAUGUAGGUUCCGAAGACAGCAACAUGUCUGGUUCUUUGCAUGGAGAAAGCAACAGCAAAGUGGAGCAACAAACGCCUUCAAAUCGCGGCAGGUCAAGUCGGAGGAAACCCGUUGCGCCGCAGUGGGUGAACCCAGACUGGCAGGAAGACAAAACCACGAAGAACCCUGCUGACGAGGUCAUUAUUAACGGCGUGUGCGUUAUGCAGACGGAGGACUACGACAGGCGCAAUUCCGAAGAGACAGUUCGCGUCGAACCGACACCUGUCAACGACCGUUUCGAUGACGAUCGCAGCGACGCCUCGUCGAUAUCGAACGAUAACGAUAAUGCCACCGAUAAGAAGAACGAAGAAGAAGACGAGGACGUUGAUAACAGCGAACAACAACCUGAAGAUAGUGACAAACAAUCGGUCAAACAAGAAAGUGAAAACGAAAGGUGGGACUAUUAAAAAAACCCUGUAAAAGUUAAUAAACAUGGACUUCAUUUAUGUGAAGAGCAAGUGUUAUUGUUAUAAAUGUAAAGUGCAAUCAUAAAUGACUUGAUCGUUUUUAAUUUAUUAUUAUUAUUAUUAUUAUUAUAUUGUGAUUUUCCAGUACUACAAUUAUUGACUUUUUUGCCAAAGUUAUUUCGAUUAUUAUUAUUAUUAUUAGGAUAAUUAUCUCCGUACAUUUUUUGUAUUUAUACAGGGUGUCUCAAAAAUCACCCUGUAUAUAUGUAGUUAUAAUAAGUAAGACUGUUACCAUUAUUAAUUAUUAAUAUUAUAAGCCUUUGAUUUUUGGCAAAUGUUGCAAAAUGUUUUAAACAUUGUGAUAAACUUUUUAAUUUAAAUCAUUUUUUUUUUUAGUUUUUUUCGUAAUCGAAAAAUGGCCAAAAUAUAUCAAACCCAAAGUUAUUUUUUGUGUACAUAUUUUCAAAUAGCUCUAGUCUCUUCAUUUUUAUUUUUUAAAGGGCAUAUUACAGAAAACCAAAGUCUAUUAUACAGGGUGUCUGUAAAAGGUCGUUUUUUCAUUAAAUUUAAAUUGGUUUAUGUGAUUUAGCUAAAAUUUGUUUUGUCAAAAAACCAAAUUUCGUCAAGAUCUCAUAAGCAGUUGUAAAUUUAUAUUUAAAAAAAUCUAAAUUGUACAUAUUUUAAGGCAUCCUGUAUAAAGUGGGCCUUUGGUGUUUUAAACUGUUUAUUGUAAAAAGGCCAGUACUGAUUUUUAAUUUAUUUUAUUUCAACCUAAUUUGGCAUAAGAUCUCAAAUAAAUCGUUUAAAAAAAAUUGUUACAUAGCUUUAAUUUAAAGAUGAUAGAAAUAAUAAAAUAAUGUUACAUAUCGUAAAAAAUAAGUCCAGCCAAUAUAUAGAAAUAUUUAUGAAAUAAUACAAUAAUUGUCUUGCCACAUUUUAAUUUGUUGUUGAUUAUUUUAAAAACAAAAAUUUAGUGUUAUUAAAUUGACUUUCCGAAUAAUUUUACCGAGUGCAAUAUGUCGAGUAUAUUUUGGCGAUAUACCAAAUAAAAAAUGUAAAUUCUUCCAAUCUCAAUGUAAUUCAAAAACAUUGUAAAAAUAAUACGUAAAUCGAGAAAUUAGUAAAUUAUGUAUAUUAUGCACAUUUUGAAUAAAAAAACUGCAUGUAGAGAUAUAGUAUAGAUUUUUUUGCUGUAGUAAAAAUAUUUAAAAACGUUUUUACCUACUUUGUUCAAGAAAAACCUUAGACCAUUUGCCCAUAGACGACGCAACGCUCCAUCUAGAAACAAAUGGUCCAAGGUGAAAAUAAACUUUCUUAUUGUGAAACAAAAAAACACAUACGUAAUAUUGUUGUUAUUUUUAUUUUUGAAUGCUGAGCAGAAGGUUUAUUUUGUUUCAUUAUUAUAUUUUAUAUUUUAGAAGAAAAUACAAAAUAGAUCCUAGAUCUAAUUUUUUUAAUGUAAAUAUUUAUAUCAUAUCAUCCUCCUUUUAAAAUUUCUAAAUUAAAAC